AUUAGAUCAGAUCGGUGACCUCAUCCCGAAAAUGGGCUGUCACGUUUCAACAAGUCCGUGGAGCUUUCCCUUUACCUCCAUCCGGUUGGCGCAAAGAGACAACAGCAAUGCUGGCAGCAACACUUCGAUUCGCUCCCAGGCGAGCAAGUGCUUGGCACAGGGCAGUCUCAACCCUGGCGAGCAAUUCGCACAUUAAGGUGUUUGACAACCCGUCGUCUCCUGCAUCCUACAUCCUGACCUACCUCGACACCCAGCCGCCCUCGCCGAAGCUAGCAAUCGGGACGACGACGACGAUCCCUCUAACUCCUCAGUCCUUUCGGGAGAACCACCACUUUGUCGAGAUCUUGGACCAAGUCGUCCAGGAGUAUGGCCACCUGGAUGAGGAUGUAGUGUCUCAAGCGAAAGCCUUUGCCAGUCCUGGCGGGUUCAACUUGGGAUCCGGGGGCUCGUUCUUUCCGCAACAUCGGCCAGGCAGAGGUUCCUCUCGGAAGCAGGGUGGAGGAGGCGGCGCGGGAGGGACAGGGGCCGGAGGUGCCAGCGCACAGGGGGGCGCUGGAGGUGGGGGUAGGGGAGGAUGGGUUCAUCUGAGCGACCGAAGGAACCCUCCGGAUUUUGGAAGGAUAGCUUGGCCGGAGGAUAUCCUGGGGAGCGUUGAGGUGGACGGAUCUGGGAACGUCGUGGGCAAGGUGCAGCCAAGUGGAACCUACCGGAUCGUGACCAACGAGGGCAUCCUUGGUCUGAGCCCGUUCCUGAGAGGCAAGCUGGUGGCGAGGCUCAAGGAGGAGGAGGAGAGCAAGUAGCGAGUGUCGUAACACCCGUGCGAACCGCCUUGCAGUCUGUGAUGAUUCAACGGGCCGCGAAAUAGUGUGGAGGGUUUGGGUAGCCACGUCGAGCUAUGCACUUGCAGCCUGGGCUGAGGGUGAGGUGCACUGGCGAGUCAGGCAUCAGACAUGCAUACCAAUGCAUUCCUUCGGGGCGUAGCUGAGCUAAACGAUGGAAGCUCCGAGGAGAUGGUACGGAGCCGACGUCUGUCCCCCACGCAAGGCUCACGAUGUCAUGGCCAUGGCGUAGGCGGUGGCCAGGUGCGUCCCCAAUCCCACGCCGAAGCAAGGCCGGCCGCGGCGGAGUUGCCGAGCGGGCGACGGCCGGGACGAUGACUGCCGAAUCACAUUGCAUUGACCCGUCUGGGAACGUUUCAGCCCGGGAGAGAGGAGUGUAGGAUUUACGAGAGCGGGAAGAAACCAUUGUAUCAACAGCCGAGGAAGCAUCCGGGCGCCAUGCGCGGUUAGCGACAAAGACAUGUCUCAUGUGUCACCAGAGACAGAGACAAUGAUGCGAUAACGAAGGUCCCUAUCUGGUACGCAGCGAUGCAUGCGUGGGUGAGUACGCAUUGCGUGGUCAACGCCGUAUACAGUAGCUCUAUGGGAGUCUGACGCCGUAGCAAGCUUGCGUACUUGGGGGGUUGGUUGUAGUAGAGGUAUUAAUAGGUAGGCACCUGCCUACUGCCUUAGGUAGGCACGUAGGAGUUGUGGUUGUCAGUGAGCCG